UAUUUAAAAGCCAAAAAAGAAAGCAUAGUCAAUGCCACAUGGGGAGAGGGAGAAGAAAUUGAAAAUUAAGAGCUCCAAAAUCCACACGAAACACUUAGAAAAGAAAAAUAAAUACAAAAAAUGGAGUUUAGGAAUUAGACACGCCCAGAGGUUGAAGGGAUGGAAGGGAGGAGCGAUGUAGGGAAAGCUUUGGGAUUGCUGGUAUGUGGUACGUUGGUGUACUACCACUGUGCCUACAGGAAUUCAAGCCUUCUAUCUCUCUUCUCCGAUGUCUUGAUCGUUCUCCUCUGCUCCCUCGCCAUUCUCGGCCUCCUCUUUCGCCAAAUGAACAUCUCGGUACCAGUAGAUCCACUUGAGUGGCAGAUCUCGCAGGAUGCUGCUAAUAGCAUUGUUGCAUGGUUAGCUAAUACUGUAGGGGCAGCAGAGUCAGUUCUAAGGGUUGCAGCAACUGGGCAUGACAAGAGGCUAUUUUUUAGGGUUGUUGUUUGUCUUUACAUAUUGUCAGCUGUCGGACGAUUGGUCUCAGGUGCUACGGUUGCUUAUGCCGGAUUAUGCUUGUUCUGUCUUUGCAUGUUUGCUGAGAACUCCCAGUCAAUCAGAACAUGUGUUCCUCAGUUACAAAGGCAAAGAAACGGCACCACUGUCGAAGAGGACAAUAUGUAAUUGAAACUGCAGUUUGAACAUACAGUCAGGACUGCAAGUUGAAGGUUCUGAACCUUGUUUUAGAUUAGACCAAGCCUUGUUGUACCAUUUCGAUACUCAGCUGAGAUUGUAGAGUUGCAGUUGAGAUUCAUAGUGCUGUACUUUUCCUGUGGUUGAUCAAUAAAAUUUAGUUCAUUUAUAAUAUGUAAUUACCCAAAACAUAAUACAAAAUUUUGUUUUUCCUGUU